UGCAGGUCUUAGUGGAAUACGACGAUGUGGAAUGGCAAAGGCGAGAAUGGAUAAGCGUGUACAAAGAUGGCCUGUUUCAUCUGUUCAUGAUCGAGCAAACACUGGUUUGGGCACAUAGAAGGGAUCCAUACACUAACGCACACAGCACAGCUUUGUGGCCCGCUCUUACAUUCACUGCCUUAGUUUCAUCAGUUGACUUACCUAAUCAUCUCCAGCCUGUCGAAUUUCUGGUAGACAGAGAACUUGCUUUCAAAGAUUACAAACAGCUGAAGCCAUACUUGGAGUGGGAUAGUAGCUUGCCGGGCGUAAGAGAGUAUCCAGAAGUACGACUGGCAGCAAAAAGGUGGCAGGAACAGCAGGAUGGCCAAAGGAUACUGUUGACAACCGCCAGCGUUCUUCUGGGGUACAGAGUAGAGGUGUACAGAGCUGAAGGCACCACCCAGUGGUACACUGCCGUCAUCAUCGGAUACAACGAAGCUACAGGGGACCUGACAGUUACAGAUGACACUGUGUUGGAGGAACACAAUGAAGAUCCUGCACUGGUACAAAUGCGACUCAUCGGAGAUGGAGGGUUAUUUGAGGUCAAACGUCGAAACCCACAAACACUAGUGCAUUGAAGAGAUAAAUUAUUCCCUACCUCAACAAAAUUCUGCCGUAGAAUGGUCACAGAAGAUUUCUACAAGAAAGUGCCAUGUACAAGCAAUGUGCUAUUUAUUCUAUACACGUGUUUCCAAAAUAAAAACGCAUAGGUGGACAGGCAGCAAGUAUUAAUAUUAUUCAUAACUCACACUGAGGAAUAUUGAAGUGAAUAUUUUAAAUAGUUAUUUAUGUUCAUAUCAUCUAUAAUCGCCAAGCCAUGUUCUUUCCUGAAUUAUGAAAAUUACAUUCAAAU